GGGAGGUGGGGAACAAGGUGGGAAAGUUGGUUGGAAGUUGGAAUGUUGUUUCCACGGUCUUACAUACAAGUCUGGAAACUCAGCCCAAAUUUUGGUGAUGGGGGUAGGUCUCUUACGCACGAAAAUUUUUGUCAAAAAUCGACACCACGCGGCGUUGAGAUCUUGCCUUUCGGAUAAUCAUAACCUUAAAAUCUAACUAAACGUGACGUAUAAACAAACACGAAUUAUGUAUAUAGCAUUAAAUCGUUGAAAGAAAAAAAAUGCCGAUUGUUUGCGUCGUGCCGGGGUGCAAAACCGGCAGCAGAGUAGAAACGGCGAAGCACUCAUUAUUUUGCGUGCCGAAAGACCCAGAGAGACGGAAACAAUGGGAAAACGCGAUCCCCGGUAUAGUGAAAUUAAGUUCUUCGGAUCGUGUUUGUGCUAAACAUUUCAAUUCCGCCGACAUAUGUCAUGAAUGGAAGAAACAGGAUGAGAAUGGUCAAAUAAUUGCACGAGUUCAAUACAAGCGGCCACGACUAAGUAAUACUGCUGUGCCCAUAGAAUUCAAUUGCCAGUGGUCAGGCGAUAAAAUGGGUAUGGAGACAAUGAGUAAAUCUACGAAAGAAGUACACAUGACACAGUCACAUUCAGUUCUCGCAAGUAAUGCCACGGAUGAUGUUGAUUUGGAAAAUCUUGCUCCAAACAGUGCCGACGGAUGUAUAAAUGUUGUCAAUACUUCACUUCCCACAUCUGACAUAAAAAUUGCAGGAAUAGAUUCACCGUCUUCAGUUGUAACUACAUCAUUGUCGAUCAGCGAACCUAUUACUGGCACAGCACAAUCGUUCAUUAACCUUGAAGCAGCAGAUAUGGAAUUGUCGCAUUCAGUUACCGAGUCAUUGACAAUCUGUAGUAAAACAUUAGAAAUCCGUAAAUCCGCUGGCUCGAUUCCAUCACUUGUAAACAGUAAAGUAGAUAUGAACUCAAGCACCAGGAUGUCGGGGUUAGUAUCAGACCCAUGGAGCUUUCGACGUGUACUUAUUGGAGGUGGAUACCGCAUGGUGUUCUCAUACACGACACUGAUUCUUCGCGAUAGCAUUCGGCCCUACCCAGUGACGCAAAAACAUGUGACACUUGAUGAAGAUGGAACCCUUUACUAUUUCGUAUAUGGAAUCCCUGUCAACUCAGAAAAAUUAGACAAAGUCUUAAACAAAAAAGAAGAACUUCCAGAUAUACUACGAAAAUUCAAAAACAUGAACGUUUGUAACGGGAUUGGUGACGUCAACAAGCAACUCAUGUUAACCAAUGGAGGAUAUUCGGAUGCUGGCAUGAAAUGGCGAAGCAAAGAUUGCCCUGUGAUAUCCAUCAAAAAAAGAUGCGAUUCUUGUAUGAUAUCAAGAAAAAACAUACUCCAACGGACAAAGCGAUUGAACAAUCCUUCGAAUAUCAGAAGAAUAAAAGGAGCUUUGAACGUCGUCGAUCAAGGAAAGAUAUUGGCUAUGCGAUUAAAAAUGAAGCGUGAAAAUCGUCGAAAAAUUCAAGCUCAGAAUCGACUCAAAAUAAUGCUGGGGUGUUUAAAAGAACAAAAAGCACGGAUAGCGAGUGUAGAAUAAGCCUCUUUAGAUAAAAAAAUGUGCUGAAUCGGCAAUGUCAGAACCACAAAGAUUAGCUUUGAAAGAAAUCGUUUCGAUGACAAAUAAAAAAGACGCGAAAGGUUAUCGUUAUACAGAAAACUGGAUCAUGUUAUGUAUGCUCAUGAACAUUCGUUCACCAUCAUAUUAUGAAUUUUUGCGUCGAAACAACAUUCUACCACUCCCGUGCACGAGGACUGUACGAAGUUACUUUUUGCCUCGAAAACUCCACUUCAAUGCCAUGGAGUAUUGCUGCUCGACGAAAUAAAUCUCCGCAAAUCUGUAGGAGUUUGUUCAAAGUAUUUAACCUAUACGGGAUUAACAGAUUUGAGAGAUGAUGGAAAUCGCAGUCUACAGAUUUGGGAGAUGAUGGAAAUCGCAGUCUACAGAUUUGGGAGAUUAUAGAAAUCAGUCUACAGAUAUGACCGAACAGGCUACACAUGGCCUUGUGAUAAUGUUUCAGCCCCUCGCCACUUUUUCAACCUUAUUCGGCAUGUUGAAGCUACAUUUGCAAAGUAUUGUUCUCGAAUUGAUGCUUUCGAUCUAACUCUCGAUGAAGUGUUCGAUACAUAUACUUUUACUUUUCCAUGUAAAGAACAUGCUUCCGAAAUCCUUUCCUACGCUAUUAUUUAUUAUAUUAGACUACGAAUGAGACAAAAUGCUCACCAGGAAAAUCAAAAAUUGAAAAAAAAAUUUGUUGUAAAAAGACUUGUCAAAACUGACUAAUACUUAAGCCGCGGGAAUGGAGAGAGUAGGUAAUCUUUUAUAAAUAAAGUAGAUCUCACUGUAA